UUAAUCAGGGUCUGCGCCUGCAGACUAGUAAUCGAUAGCGAGAUAAAUAAAGGAACAGCAUGGCGGCGUACGAGCGGGAAAUUCCAUUUUUGAGUAUACCUGAGUCUGAGGCUAGCAUUCACGGUCUCUCAGCAGUGUGGGGCAGGGGAAACCAGCUCCUUCUUCAUACAGGAUGUGGGCAAAGGAGGAGAGCAAUGGGCAGCGCUGAUGAAGUAGUCUACCACCAAACCCCAUCCAGACUCCAUCAAGUAGAAUGGCAGACAGACAUGCACAAUCCUCAUACAAGGAAACUUGUUAUGCAAUCUCAUGAUAUUUUUGUUUCACUUCAAAAGCAACCUCCAGAACACAAGGACACAUCAAGGAAACCUCAGUUGAUAAAGUGCAGUCGACAUUACCGUGCCUUCAUAGCUGAAUGCGUUCAAGAUCUUCGCAAGGCCUCUUUGGAUCCCAAUAUUGACAGGACAGAAGCAAGAGAGUAUGGAGACCAAUGUGAAAUCUUCCAGACUAUAGGACUGAUAUGGAGUCUGUGUGAAAUCCUGUUUGUUGAAACAUUACCAGGUGGUAUAGUUCUACAGCAGCUGUUAGAUUGGGUCAAGCUGCACUUCACUGAAGGGGACGUCAAGGCUAGAAAUGUUCUUAUGGCUGAAGAGAUUGAGACCACAGAAGAAUAUUGGUCGGCUAUCUACAUCUACAUCCUGCAAGGAAGACUAACUGAGGCCAGGCAUAUGUUAUCACUGGAUCCAAAGUUUCAACAAGACACUCACGGGGCCUAUGGUAAAAUUGACGAGUUGAUGAGGCGUAUGCCUGUCUUUGGGACCCUGAGUCGACAGUCCCUGGCCGAGUUUGAUCUGAAGUGGCGUCACUGGCAGGAUACUUGCAGGCAAUGUCUAGAGGAUCACAGCUUUACCUCUUAUCCAAGACUUGAAGUCAUUUGUAAGAUCCUUUGUGGUGAUCAGUCUGUCUUACUUCAAGAGGUUGGGGAUUUGAUCCAAGAGCUCGGAGGCUGGUACCACCUGAUGGUCACUCGGCUACUCUACACCAACCCAACGGUCAAGGCUUUAGACCUUCAUUACCAUGCAAAGGCUAGCAUGGAUGCAUGUGGUGUCACUGGCAGAAUGACAGCAUUGGACAGUAUCUUAGAGAAAGCCUUGGAGUUUGAUAUCUACCAGAUGAUCAAAAUCAGCAGUGCUACAUUGAGUAAUUGGUGGUUUGUGUCUCACCUUGCCGAUCUCCUGCACCAUUGUGGUCAGUUGGACUCUCAUCAACUCAAUUUUGGUUCUGAUCUGAGAGAGUUUCUUCUUCUUGAAUAUGCCUCUACAUUGAUGUCACAUAACAGUUUCUGGCAAGUUGUUGCAGAUUACUUAGACUACUGCUCCCAGUUUGGAAGGCAUUAUCUUGAAUUAUUUAUUGAGCGGAUUCCACUGAACUCAGAGAGGAAAGCCCUGAAGGUGUUGAAGGCUUGUGAAGACAGAGAAAUGAAGGAACAAGCCCAGAGCAUCUGCAAGGUACUUGGGAUGCGCUGCUAUCGUCAGGGUCGCCUAGGUUCUGCCCUGACAUGGUGCCUACGUUCACACGAUCCAACCUUUGCCACCUACCUGGCGGACAAGUUCCUGACAGAGUACAGUCUGAAGGGUGGUUUCACAAAUAUUGAUCUCUUGGAUAACCUUGGAGCUGGGAUGCUGCUCAGUGAUAGACUUACAUUCCUUGGUAAAUACCGUGAAUUCCAUCGUCUGUAUGAGCAGGGAGAUUUCAGUGAUGCUGCCGCUCUUCUUUUGUCUUUACUUCGAGCUAGACUAGCCCCUAAACAGUUUUGGUUGACCCUACUGACCGAUGCCUUGCCUCUCCUUGAGUUGGACGAGGUAGUGUUCAGCAGCAAACAGACAUCUGAGCUGCUACGAUGCCAUGAAGAGCUGGAUAAGUGGUUCAAAUCAGAGGAGUAUCAGACACAGAUCCUACCCAAGAAGAGCAAGGGUCAACUUGAAUUGGAGAAGGAGAAACUAGAGCUGCUUCAGCUUGGUUUGUCAAGGAACAUAGCACAGGCAUUGCUUCAAGAGGGUUAUGGGUCACAGCAAAACUCAUGAUAUAACUACACACUGUCUCAUGAAAAAGUAUCCAGAUAGUGGACUGUAUAUGGCACCGGUUGCUAGAGCAUAGAUAAUGAUUUGUGGUGUUUUAUCAAAAUACCUGAAUGAACAUAGCACUAGUGGCCAGAGCAUAGAUCAUGGUAUAUGGUGUCUUAAAAAAAAUCAUGUGGACUGACUUUACUCUUGCAGCCAGAAGAGGUUAUGAUGUAUGGUGUCUCAUCAAAAGAAGUGAAUGUAGCAGAGUAUAGUGCGAUAUGGAUCUCUGUAGAAAUCAUGAUUCAAUGAAGUGGUCUUGUGAAAUAACAGUGAACUGAACAGAGCAUUCAAUGCUUCUAAAUAAUGGAACACAACUGCAGAGUUCACACUUUAAUUAUGGUGUCUCAUAAAAACAAACAACAUAAUGGAAAUGAAUAAAGCUCUUGCAGCCAGAUAAUAACCAGUGACAUGUGCUGUCCUGUGAAAACCCAAACUGGACUGAACGUACGCCUUAUGACUGGAGCAGAGGUUAUGAUACAAGGUGUCUCAUCAAACAAACUGAAUUGAACAGAGCAUAGCAAAGUAUUUUCUUUGAGAUGACCUUGGAUCUUUACAGAAAUUAUGUUGUUGGGUCUCACAUUUUUUUUUUAGUAAUUAAAAAAAAUAAAAUAAGAGGAACAUUGCAGUCAUUACUUUCAUUACUUUGAGUGAGCUGUAGAUCACCACUUGACAUCACCAAUUUGAAUAAACUAACCUAGUAAAGGCAUUGUUUAAAGAACUGUAUAGGUCAUAAAAGAGAUCAUGAUGUCUCCAGACAAAAAUGUAGAUUGCUUUGAUAGGGCCGUGGAUAUCUUUGACUGACUGGCGACAUUGUACACUCUAUCAUGUGAUGAAUUACUUUGUCUCAAGCUUUCCUUUGUUGAUAUUUAUGUGAAUGAAUCACUACUCUAUAAAUAAUAAGACAAAAUUCAUUCAUACUAAGAUUCAGAACGAAGGCGAUGUCUCUUGAAACAAGUAUGAGCCAAUAUUUCUACCCGUUCUUCAGCUUGCCAUAGUUAAGAUUACUUUGAAUGAAUCACAACACAUAAGACUUGCUCCUUUUGUUAUCUUUACUUUUACUAGGAGACUCGGAGCUCUGAUCAUGGUGUCUCUUGAAAAAAAAUAUAUUAAAAGGGCUGAUUAAUCUGCCUCAUUCUUUAGCUUUCCAUAGUUGAGUUUAUCAUAGUUUAUUGCAAGUAUUGAUAAGACGGUCCCAAUUUCUUAAACAAAAUGAUCAAGACCCGUAUUUUGAACUGCAUUUAAUUUUAACUCUGAUAUAAAGUUGUGGUUUAAUUUAUAGAUAUCCAACUGUGGCAAUAAUCUCUAACAAUACAAGAUCAAUUAAUCAAAGUAUAUUUGACAAUCAAAUCAUUCAUAAUUGUCAGGAAAUAUUGUCUUCUUCACCAUUAUUGCAUGAGGUAAUAGCAGAGUAAACAUAAACAAACAAAAAUGUAAACAAGGUUUUUGACAUUGUCAGAUUUCCCAUAAUUGUAACACAGAGUUAGACCAUAGUCUAAGUUAAACCAGGUUUCAGAAUCUGGGCAUAUGAGAUGGAGGCUCAGAGCUUUAGUCAUAAAGAAAUAAAAAGUCUAGCAAAUGAAGCUCAAGAGCAGUGAAUGCAACAAGAACAGGGAUUUUUGUACAGUGUACUUUUAAAUGUCAAUAAUUAAAACA